AUGUCGGCCAACCUUGAAGUCUGCCUCCUUCUCCUUCUUCUUUUUUGUUGCUUUCGGCAUGUCGGCAGGAGUGGGUUGUUGACGUGGUCGAGGAACCGCCCAAGGACAAAGUCAAAUGGAGCAAGCGGCCCGCGAGUGCGUGCGCCCGCAGAUACGGCUGACCCAGACACGGCGUUCAAGCAGCAGCGCCUCAAGGCGUGGCAGCCGAUCCUGACGCCGAAGGCGGUUUUGCCAACGCUCUUUAUCAUCGGACUUAUCUUCGCGCCCAUUGGCGCGCUCAUCAUCUGGGGUAGUGGCAAGGUCACGAACUUCACGCUCGACUACACUGAGUGCGACGCGCAGCCAGGGGAUGGGAGCUGGGCAGAAAUGCCCAAGAGCAAGUGGGACUACGAGCUCAAGACCGGCUCGCCCGUGAGCAAGAGCAGCAUCAACGCGCCAAAAUGGGCAUUUACUAGUAACCCCUCUGGGCCAGUAGGGGAGCGAUCGCAGUGCCGCAUUCAGUUCGAUGUGCCGUAUGAUCUCGGCCCAGGCGUCUUCAUGUACUACAAGCUCACGAACUACUACCAGAACCACCGCCGCUAUGUGAACAGCUUCGACUCGGACCAGCUCCUCGGCAAGCGGCGCGACGUAAGCGGCAUCGAUGGCGGCAACUGCAAGCCCAUCACCAGCGAAGGCGGCAAGGCAUAUUACCCCUGCGGGCUGAUCGCCAAUUCAUUCUUUAACGACACGUACGGGACCAACCUCGUUCUUCUGAACGCGCCGAACGGGGAGCAGAACGCGACCUACUCCUUCACCGAGAAGAACAUUGCAUGGCAUGGUAUUGCUAAGCAGUACGUCGCAAGGCCGUAUGUUCCCAACGACGACCCGACCCAGCUUCUCCCCCCGCCCAACUGGGCUGAACGCUACCCCAACGGCUACCAGACGCUCGAGGACAUCCCGAACUUGGAGGAGAACGAGCACUUCCACAUCUGGAUGCGCGUGGCUGCGCUGCCAACCUUCCGCAAGCUGUGGAUGCGCAACGACAACGACAUCAUGGUCGCCGGCACAUACGAGAUUGUCAUUAACAUGAACUACCCCGUCAAGCAGUUCAGCGGGACCAAGAGCGUGGUCAUCUCCACCGUCAGCUGGAUUGGUGGCAAGCAGCCCUUCCUGGGCUGGGCCUAUGUUGCUGCCGCGAUCCUCUGCGUUGUCCUCGCCCUCGCCGGCCUCGUUCGCCACCUCAUCAAGCCCCGCAAGCUCGGCGACAUGAGCCUCCUGUCCUGGAACCAGCCGACGCAGCGGUAG